CCUGGGCCGGGCGGAACGCGAGCCGCGCGGCGUCGAAGCCGGCGGAGCGGGACCCGUGGGACACCGGGUCUCCUGGCGCGUGCGCAGAGCAGAGGAAGACCGGGCGAAGUCUCCUGUGGCGGCGGCGGCGGGAGCCGGAGCCGGGACCUCGGGCAUGGCCGCGCUGGGGCGCGCGGCCCGCGUGCUUGCCGGGCAGGGCCGCGCGCUGGGGCCCCGGGCUUGGCUCGGGCCGGUCCGGGAGAACCACCAGCUGUCCGUGCUGGGGCUGCGGGCCGCCCUCCCCGUGAGAGGAGAGCCCCUGAAGAAGAAGAAGAAGGUGGACCCCAGGAAAGAGCAGGCGGCCAAGGAGCGGCUGAAGAAGAGAAUUAAGAAGCUGGAGAAGGCCACCCAGGAGCUGAUCCCCAUCGAAGACUUCGUCACCCCCGUGAAGUGCCUGGCGGAGGAGAGGCAGCGCCCGCAGCUGGAGCUCCCCCCGGAGGACAGUGAGAGGAGGAUCUUCCUCAUGCAGAAGUGGGCCUUCUACAAGCAGCAGGAGCAGGAAGCCGAGCGGGGGAAGAUUGCCUCCAUGCUGGAGGCCCAGCAGGAAGCCCUGCGGGAGCUGCGCCUCGAGUCCGAGCAGCUGUACCAGGCGGCCGCCCGGCGAGACGAGGGCUUGUUUCCCUUUGAAAAGGAGGGCCCGAGCUACACGCCAGCCACCCCCGGCUACCAGGCGCCCGAGGGCAAGUACAACGAUGUCACCAAAGUCUACGUGCAGAAGAGAUAGGUCCCAGGGCCACGGCCGGGGUCAGGGCUGACCGUGUCCUUCGUCGCGUCCCCCGAAGGGGCGCCCGUCCUGCGGUCUCUGGGCCUCUGACCUUCUCCUGUGGCCGCCGCCAGGCCGAGACGGCCCCUGCCGCACGGAGCUCCCCUUCCAGCGUAGCUUAGAGAUGGGGACCUUCGGGGAGGAGGGGGGGGCAGGAGGAGCCGAGUUCUGGGGCUUGGGGGUCUCUGCCCUUCAUACCAAUGUAAAUUGCUUUUAACAAAUGAACAGUGAUCUGUAAAUAUUUUAGCUACCGGAACGAGUUUUUAUUAUGGAGAAAAUAAAUGGAAAAAUUGCUUUAAGGACCCCAACCUUAGCCAGCUGCUGCCCUGUGCGGGGUUACUCGGGGAGACUCUGGGCCUGGGGGGAGUUCAGGCCUCCCAGCUGUAGCACCUCCUUCCCAGGGGGAUCCUGAGGAUUGAGAUGGCGAGUGGCGGGUGGGGCUGCCAGCCUGGCACUUGGGGCCCCUGGGCCCUGCAGAAGGGGGCCUUUGGGGGGCUUGCCAUUGAGCCAAGGCUGGCUGCUUGUGCUCUGGGCCAGUUGGUCUGAGCUGAUACAGAUCAGAGUUGGGCCUAACUGUCAAAGGCAGAGCGUGGUCGAGGCGGAUGCUGCCCGACCCUGGGACUGUUCCUGAUCCCAAGCCUGGCCUUGUACCGGUUCUAGGCCUGUGUGUGGCACCUGCCCUGAGGAGUCGGGGGCUGCUGAGGUGGGGCCCAUGUCAGGGCUCCAGGGCCUUCCCUCCUCCCCCAGGGCCCAGUUGCUGGAUGUGAGUGGGACGACUGGUCACUGUUGUGGGUGGAGGCAGGGGAAGGCCUUCCCAGGAGGGCGUGGGGCAGACUCAGGGAAGUCUGGAGCCUGUCUGGGUGGCUGCCCGUUUAUUUUCCAUCAUGGCCGCACAUCUACAAAAGCAAGCAAUCUUUCAGCCUGAGGGCAGCAGUAAAGCAGGAAGAUGGGGAGGGAGGACGGGUUUCCAUUUCUCUUCUAACUCUGGUGGCGAGGGUCCUCGUCCGGAGCAGGCCAUGCGCUUCUGGUGGGGGCGGGCGUCAGCAAAGCGAGGCGCUCCAGUCUUCCCUCCGUGUGCCAGGGUGCCACAGCUGGUGGGCAAGGCAGGCGGGGCCCGGUUGGGUGUCCCCACUCUGGGCUGUCUGAAGGGCAGAGGUAGUUGCCGGGCACCUUGGCAAGGGGAGACGGGCUCUUGGGGAAAGCACCUUUGGGAUGACUUCUGGU